UAAUUACGAUGAUAUAUAUGUAUUUGUUGGGUGUGUAGAGAAUUGAAGAUUAUUAUUGUAAGAUAUCAGAAUAACUAAAGAGGGAGCACGAUGAGUUAUAGAGGUCACCCCGCUCGUGGGCGUAGCUCUUUGGGGUACCUCUUUGGCUCUGAUGACACCACACCGGUCCCUCAGCCUCUCCCUAGAAAGAACAUACUUCCAUUGUUACCGCCCUAUGGCACCGACGCCGACACUCUCACCGUCACCGUCAGCCAUAAUAAGCCCCGUAAACCUGCCGCUUCUCCUCCUUUUGCUACCCAAGAUUCAGAAAAAUGCUUGGCAAAUAGUCGAUCAACAAAGAUCAGAUCAUCUCCUGGUGGACGGUCAUCGCUUGGAUACUUGUUUGGAGAUAAUAACUGAUAUUUCUGUACAGAUUGAUGAGGCUUCUGAGAGAAGAAAAUUGAUGCUAUAUAUUUAUAUGUUAAUUUCAUUUGAAGAUGUAAAAAGGUCAGAAAAGUAUGCGAGGCUAAUAAAGGGGAUCGGGUCAUCAUUCAUUUUAUGUUUUUUGUCUUGGGGGGAAAAUCGGUGCAGUGUGUGCGUCCCUCUCAUAUCUUAAUCUUAAAUCCUCAAUCAGCUUGAAUUGAAUGCCAGUGAUUCUGUUCUUACUGUUGUAAUUUUUCUACAAACUCGUAUAGAAGUUAUAUACUCUUCAUUGUUUCAUCA